AUGGAGAGACAAAACGCUGAUCUUUUCUUGGCGAACUACCGCAUGAUGCUUGAAAAUAAGAGGCUGAAAAAGAGAGUUGAGCAGCUGAGGGAGGAAAACCAGCUCCUUGCUGCUAACAUGGAAGCUCAGAAUGGAGAUUCCAACAACAACGCUGGUCCGAGUUCUUCAGCAAAUCAGCAGGGUUCUAAGAAGGCAGGACAGGAGAAGAAAAUGUGA